UUUUAAACGGGGACAGAGGCCAGAUUUUAGGUAAGCGGAGAGCAAUUUUGAGUAACGCAGCAGAAGAGCUUAACGGCUGCGUAGCUUUUGUUCAUGGCGGAUAAAGCUGUUUCCUCCACCUGAUCGAGAUUCAGAGAAACCCUAGAGGAGUUAAGUUUCAUCAUGGAAGGUGGACGAGAGAAGAGCUCCCCGCUUUCGAAGCCCCCGAAGUUCUCUGUGUAUCAGAACCCAACUCUUUCGGCUGCCCUCACCGCCAAUAGUCUCCGCCCUGCUAAAUCUACCUUUCUUUGCAUGUUCUUCGUCUCCACUGCGUCUGCAUUCUCUCUUCUAGGCUUCGUUUCCAGGGAAGACGGCUUCAUCAACAAUCUGGUUCCCGGUCAUGUUUCCCGCACUACAGCUUAUUUGCUUACCAAAGCAAUGCAGAUCGUGGUGGGGCUGGUGUUCCUGGGAGCUAUUUCUGCCCUUAUCAGAGCCUUUUCCUUGCGUAGAGCGAGGAAUGUAGCUAACGUAUUGGUUUCUUCUCCUUCUAAAGUAGCAAAGGAGCAGAGAAAUCUCACAGAGCGUCAACUAGCCCUUUUGGGAAUUAGGCCAAAACCAGGAGCUAACACUAAGUCUCCGAAGAAACCUCCCAAGUCUAAACCACAGCCAUUAACUUCUCCUUAUCAUGCCCUUGUCCCGCUUCAUCAGUCCGUCUCCAAUUCAAACAGGUCAUCUGAGAAGUCAAAUACUGGCAGUGGCAGUAAGAUGGGUGCGUACUACACCUCAUCAAAAUCCCCAGUGGCCUCGCCUUCGUCUCUGUAUCUAGUACCUUCAAGUCCUUUGCAGGGACCAUCUGUUCAGACGUCACCAUCUUUGGACCGACAAGUUUCAAGUCCCUGGUCAAAGCAGCGAACCCCAACUGCAAUGGAGAUUACCACUGAAGAAAUGCUUGAGCAGUUUUUGGCAGAUGUAGAUGAGAAAAUCACGGAAUCAGCAGUAAAACUGGCAACUCCUCCUGCUACCAUCAAUAGCUUCGGCAUAGCUAGUCCUAGUAACGUUGGAAAUUCGGCUACGACUUCUGGAACUACGAGAAGCACACCAUUAAGACCUGUGAGGAUGUCCCCAGGUUCUCAGAAGUUCAGUACUCCCCCGAAGAAAGGAGAAGGUGACCUUCCUGUGCCUAUGUCAAUGGAAGAGUCAAUUGAAGCUUUUCAAAAUUUGGGUGUCUACCCUCACAUCGAGCAGUGGCGGGAUCGCCUCAGACAAUGGUUUUCUUCAGUUCUGCUGAAUCCAUUGCUUAACAAGAUUGAAACCAGUCAUAUUCAGGUGAUGCAAGCAGCUGCCAGACUUGGUAUUACAAUUACUGUCAAUCAAUUAGGAACGGAUUCACCAAAUACUGGAGCAUCUACGAUGGUAUCUCCAAUUGAUGGCUCUAAAGAAUGGCAGCCAGCAUUUACGUUGGAUGAAGAUGGGACGCUUCAUCAGCUUCGUGCUACCCUUGUACAAGCCAUUGAUGCUUCUAUGUCAAAGUUGCCUCUAGGAAAUCUGCAACAGCCUCAGCCACAGAAUUCCUUAGUCCCCGUUAUGCAGGAGUGUGUAGAUGCCAUCACCGAACACCAACGGCUUCAUGCUUUGAUGAAAGGAGAAUGGGUUAAGGGUUUACUACCACAAACCAGUGUCCGGGCAGACUACACGGUGCAAAGGAUCAGAGAGCUUGCUGAAGGAACCUGCCUGAAGAACUAUGAGUAUCUGGGAAGUGGAGAAGUAUAUGACAAAGUGAAUAAGAAAUGGACUCUUGAGCUUCCAACUGAUUCUCACUUGCUGUUGUAUUUAUUCUGUGCCUUUUUGGAACACCCUAAGUGGAUGUUACAUAUUGAUCCUACAUCCUAUGCCAGUACUCAGUCUAGCAAGAACCCAUUGUUCUUGGGGCUCCUACCUCCGAAGGAAAGGUUUCCUGAGAAGUAUGUGGCUGUCAUAUCCAGUGUUCCCUCUGUUCUUCAUCCAGGAGCUUGUAUACUGGUUGUUGGAAAGCAAAGCCCUCCAAUAUUUGCCCUAUAUUGGGAGAAGAAGCUGCAAUUCUCACUUCAGGGAAGAACAGCACUCUGGGAUGCCAUCUUACUUAUCUGCCACAGAAUCAAAGUAGCAUAUGGAGGAGUCAUCCGGGGCAUGCAUCUUGAUUCAUCAUCUUUCAGCAUCCUCCCCAUCCUUGAGUCAGAGAAUGAAGAGGGAAGGGCCUCACCCAUUUGACACUUACUUUUCCCCAGUUUCCAAAGGCUGCUUGAAUGACCAUCAAAAUGGAGCAAAAAAUAGUAAGACAAUAGGAAGAUCAAUGUAUGCCCCCCUUGAUGCAGGAGCACUUCCAUGGAUCGGCCCAAACCCGUUGGGGGACAUAGACCGAGACUGGAUCUCAUUUUUGAGUCUUUGGUCUUGUAGGAUAUUUUAGGAUUUUUUUUGGGGGAAUUCUUUGCAAAUUUUAAUUAUCUUUUGGUGAAGGAAUUUUUGCAUGGGAGAUUCCAUGUAUUGAUUUGUCACAUAGGGGGUGUUAUGGUCAUUUUGGAUGGGCACCGACAAUAUUUAAUGCCAACCCUCCAUUAAAAAAAUUUUCCUUAUCUUUUAUUAGACUUUUAUUUAGAGUUAAGAGUUAAGAGUUAAGUUAGAGUUGAGAUUGGCUAGUUUGUUUUGGAUUCCAUGUUUUAGUUUUAGAGCUUGAUUUAGAGUUUUAUUUAGUUUUAAAGUACUAGUUAGAGUUAACUUUUGUUUUCAGUUAUAGGACAGGGGUAGGAUUUCUUGUGCUUAAUUCCAUAUCCAAUGAUUCUUAGUUAGAUUUGGAAUAUUGAAUGAAAUUGGUUUGGUUUUGCUGCCAA